AUGAUGGUCCUGCACGUGCCUGAAGCCCUCUGCACACCAGCUCUGACAGUAUUACUGGUGGUGCUGAGCAAUCCCAUGGUCCAGGGAAGGGCUACUCCAGAGAAUUACGUGGAGCAGAGAAUGUAUGACUGCUACGCGUUGAACGGGACUCAACGCUUGAUAGACAGACAGAUCUAUAACCAGGAGGAGUACGCGCGCUUCGACAGCGACGUGGGGGAGUUCGUGGCGGUGACGGAGCUGGGGCGGCGGGACGCCGAGCACUGGAACAGCCAGAAGGACCUCCUGGAGCAGUGGCGGACCGAUGUGGACAGGGUGUGCAGACACAACAACGAGGCAAUCGAGGUCAUCUCUUCACUCAGAUAG